CGCACUAUUUAACCUGUAACUUAUACAACCCACCAUUCAGUUCCAAUUCGCAUUGUGGUAAUAGAACAUCAGACUAGUUCAUCAUGUCAUCUUGUUGUAAAGACGUUUGCAAGCUGACUACACCCGACGGGCAGGUAGUCGACUGCGAGUGUAAUUGCAAGGACUCGUGCGAAAGCGGCAACUGCGAUUGCCAGUGUUCAGUGGAAACCGCAAAACAAAAAGCAGACGGCAAGUAUUUCUGCGAAUGUUCCUGUUCAUCAAGCUGCGCUUGCACAAAAACGGACGGUGGUUGUGUUCUGACAAAGACGUGCAGAUUGACGACUGCUGAGGGAGAAGAGGUGGAAUGCGAAUGUGCUUGCAACUGUAGCUCGAAAUCGUCAUGCCAGGAUUGUAAAUGCGACUGUAAAUGUACCCCAGAGAUAGCCGUGAAGGGCGCUGACGGAAAAUAUCGCUGCGCAUGCGACUGCAAAUGCUAAAUCAUAAUUUUUAACUCGUAUUUGAUCUUCUGUUUUUUAUAAUAUUAAUAUUAUGUAAUGGUUUUAUUAAGAUGGAAAAUUAUACCUACUUAAUGUAAAACUGCACUAACGAAAAUAAAAAUAUUUUAUACUUUUA